UCCAAGUCAACUAAAGAAAUUGGACGUUUACGAAACGGCACAAGCUCAUCACGCAUUUCGCCUGAGUUUCUUUCAACUGCGUCGUUUUAAGUUGACGACGCAUGGGGACAAAUCAGUCAUUUGACGAAAAGUGUGUUAUAAAAUGGGCAAAGACGGGGACGAAACAUUUUGCGUGUGCCCCAAUCGGAAUAGCGGUUAGUUAGAGAGAGAGAGGGAGCUAAAAAUAAAACUGACAGUAACAGAUAGCGAAACAACCAAAAACCGCCAUGACCGAAGAAGACCGCUCCGCCGAGCCAACCGCACGUAAUGGAGUCGCCGCCGAAGAGCUCGGAGGCGGCGGCGGCGAGGAGUUGGAAGUUGCGGGCGUUGAUGCUGAGGUGUCGGUGGUUGGUGACGGCUCAGUCGCCGGAAGAGUGAAGGGACCUUGGUCGCCGGAGGAGGACACCGUGCUGAGCCGAUUGGUGGCACAGUUCGGGGCGAGGAACUGGAGCAUGAUUUCCCGGGGAGUACCGGGGAGGUCCGGCAAGUCGUGCCGGCUCCGGUGGUGUAAUCAGCUUGACCCUUCCGUGAAACGCAAGCCCUUCACCGAGGAAGAGGAUAGUAUUAUAGUUUCAGCCCAUGCAAUCCAUGGAAACAAAUGGGCAGCAAUUGCUAGGCUUCUUCCUGGUAGAACAGAUAAUGCCAUCAAGAAUCACUGGAAUUCUACACUGAAGCGCAGGUGUAUGGAACUGGGAAGAUAUGUCCCAGCACAUGCUGAUGUGAUUGAAGAUGGUAGUUUUGAAAAACCAAAGGCAUCCUCUGAAGAAACCAUGUCAAUCAGGGAUAUAAACAAUAAUCCUGAAGAAGUCAGAAAUUUCAUGAUGGAUAAUGAAAAUAAACCUCCAAGAACAGAUAAUGCUACAGUGGAGGGACAUCCUAUCCUUUUUAGACCAGUAGCACGUAUUAGUGCAUUUAGUGUUUAUAAUCCUCAAGGCAGGCCAAGAACUGGAUCAUGUUCAAAGAUGUUCCCAAGGCAGAGUCCUUUGAUCCAAUCCCCCAAACCAAAUGUAGGAUCCUGCAAGUUAUUUGAUGGUAUUGGAUGUGAGCCCACAGUUCCAUUGCAAUGUGGUCACGGCUGCUGUGCAACAGAAUUGAGGGAAAGCCAUUCGCACAGGUCACUUCUUGGUCCUGAGUUUGUUGACUAUUUGGAGUCCCCCUCCUCCUCUAGUCAUGAAUUGAUUUCAAUAGUCACAGACUUAAACAAUAUAGCUUGGAUCAAGAGUGGCCUUCAGAAUCAAAGUGAUGGGGAAAUUGAGAAUAUAACAAAUUUGACAGCAUCUCAAGGGAUUGCCACUGCCUCACAAACAAGCUUCUUAGGACAAGGUCUUAAGAAUGACUACAUGCAAUUUGAGGAGGGACCUGGCAAGUUUUUGGGUGUGAUGCAAGAAGUGUUAUCGACAAAGAUGGCUAGGCAACAUUUUGCAAUGCCUGCGGAAGUUUGAUCCUAAAGUUAGCUCCUCAGGUGGAUUUCAACCUUCAUUUGUGACAUUUUAUGGGGGGUGGAUAGAUCAUAGAUGGUAUAAGUUUGUUUCAAUACAGUCAACCGCACAGUGUAGAGCAUCAACUUUAUUGAGUGAGUAGCUCUCUUUCGGCUUUUUCAUUGACGUUAAGAGUUUUCUUGAAGUACAUCCAACUUCAAUAUGAAAAAUAUAUAUACCAAUUUGAUCUAGCAAAGGAAUAUUUCCGUUCUUAUU